UCAUUAACUUUUCAUCCUCAAUGGAAGUGCCAUUGUAGAUACGUGAACGGGUGGCUACAACUGGAUCGUCUGGAGCUCCAGCCUUAGAGGAAACCUUGGAACCCUGGGUUGGCUGCUCUGAGGGGGACAAUGGGUUCCCAAGCUCUUCAGAUACUGCGGCAGGGGGUGUGGGCUUCGCUCACAGGAGGCUGGUAUGUGGACCCCCAUCAGAGCACAUUCUCCAACUGCUUCCACCUGUACCUCUGGAUCUUUCUCCUGGCCUUCCCUUUCCUGCUUUACAUGUCUCUCCCCCCCAGCCUGGUUGUGGCAGGUGUGUACUGUGCUGUGGUGGCAGCCUUCUUCACUGUAAUAAAGGCAGUGAACUUUCGCCUCCAUGCCAUGUUCGACCUGGGGGAGAUAGUGGAGAAGAGGCAGGCCUCGCUCAUAACCGACGCCCCACGGCUAGAAGAGGGGGAUGAUGGGUCCGGAGGCCACGACGGGAAUCCACAUGGGGACAGCAAUGUUGGUGUGGAGAUGACUGUGUUCAGGAAGGUCAACUCAACACCUCCAGUUCGCUGCAGCUCCCAGCACUCUCUGUUUGGACUCAACCAGGUUUCGGAGUUUUUGCCUCAGCUUGAUGACAGUGGAGGCUCCAAGGAUAUCAAGGAUCUGAUGCGAGAGCAAGGCAGCAACAACUUGAUUGUCACGUCAGCACACCGGGAGAUCCUCCGCCACAGCUCCCAGGACCCGAUCCAUGUUGCCAACGUUGCCAACAUGGUUCAGUCCUGCUUGGCUGCUGCUCUAGGAGGAGAGUUCCCUGGUCUGAGGGGAGUGGGAGCAGGGAUGUCAGGGGGAUUUGGUAGCUUACAACCUGGGGAGUGCAUCUCCAUCCCCCCCUCCCCUUCCAGUCAGGAAGACGGAGGAGAGAAGGGCCAGUUGGAAGAGAUUGAGGGGAUGCUGGAGCAGCUGUCCCAGCAGAGUCCUGACGAGGAUGUGAUUGUGAUGGGAGCCUACUCCCCCCUGGGCCCCUCUGCUGAGUCGGGGAGCCUGGGGGACACUCCCAUCAGCCCUCUCAUAAAGAGCAGUCUGAGUGAGGAGCUGAGUGAGAACCUGUUGGGGCUGGGCCUUGACCCUGUGGCCUUCGCCCCAGGAACAGAGCACCCAGGCAGCCGCAGUGGGGUGGCCUUGGCUGCUGGCUCCACAGACAGCUGCUUCAGUGGGGGUGGGGCAGCCACGGACCGCGAGACCCUCAGCACCGUCAGCAGCUACCGCAGUGAGAAGACUGACUCCACCCAGCUGGAGAGCCCUUCACUCAGCCUGCCACGGAACAUAGACGCAGGGACACCGACCUCUGCCCCAGCCCUGGGCAUCAGUACCCUAGAGCCAGCAGAGGAGCCAGUGCUGCAGGGGGGAAGUGAUACUGACGACCUGUCGGACAGUGAACUGCUGCGCUCCCCUGCCAAAGCGUGCUCUCUGGGCCAGGAGCUUGACAGGACACUAGUGGAAGGGGAAGAUUUGCCACCUGUCCACUCAGAUAUUGUACAGCCCCCCUCCCUCCAGGACUCCUCUCCCUCCAGUAGUGGGCACUCCGAGUCCUGUGAUUUGGACAGGAGGGUUCCCCCCCUUCCCCCUCCGAGGCAGGCCAGCUCGGUGCCGUCAGGGCUGGCCCUGGGUCUAGUGUGUUCCGAGCCUGCGUUGCCCGUCUCCUCCACCCCAUUCCUGCACUCUGAGCAGUCCUCUCUGCAGGCCCAGCAGGUGGUGCGCCCCAAAGACUUGAAGCUGCUGCGGACCGGUGGCAGUAGUGUGGGCCACCGGCCUGGCCGCAGGAAAGCCCCUCGUAAGCGAGGUGGAGCGGGAAGCAGCAGCUUUGACUGCGGCUCCUACAGGCGGCACCACGGGCAGCACAGAGACUACAUCCCAGUGCGCAGCCGGCUGGGGGCUAAGGCCUACAGCGAGAGCCUGUUUGAGGACUCCAGUGACGAGGACGACGGCAGUGACAUGAGCGCCGGCUCAAGUCUGGGCUCCCAGAGACGCUACAGCUCUGACGACGACGAUGACGACUCGAGCUCCUCUACCUCCUGCUACUCCCCUGACCUCGCUAACGCUGGCAUUACGAACCCGCCCCCCUCCUCCACCCAGCUGCCCAACCCCAGGGAAGGAGAGUUGUCUGAGACAGCUGGGCCAUCCCACUCCCAAAGGGCUCAGAGGUCAGCUAGCACGGCUAGUGCUAAAACUCACGCCAGGGUGCUCAGUAUGGACGGGGCCGGUGGGGGCCACACUAACACUGUGGCCCUGCCCUCCACCAUGCUGACCUCCUCCACCCCCGCUCCACGACCCCUCACCGUCUCCAAGUCAGACCUGGAGGCCCGGACCAGCCACACAGACGGCUUCCCUGGAACUCACCACCAUCGCCUGGACUCUCUGGGAGGCUCCUGGGCUGGCAACCAGACGGGCUGGAGGGCCGGGGAACUGGUGGUGGAGGGAGCUGUGGGGGGAGCCCAGAGGAGGGGGGGCAAGCGGGACUCGAUGAGCAGUGUGAAGAGGACCCAGGCCAUCCGCAGGCGACACAACGCGGGGAGCAACCCCACACCACCCCCCUCUACCAUGGGCUCCCCACCCAGUCUCCAGGACCUCCAGCGUGCCCGUACCUCCUCACACUCGCGGACCCGGACUCUGCCCUCUGCCUUACAGUUCGCCACCUCACUACUGCUGCCCCGCGGGGGGGUCCACGAAGCCUCCACCUUUGACGACACCACAGAGGGGGCUGUGCACUACUUUUAUGACGAGGGUGGUGUGAAGAGAUCGUACACGUUUGGACCUGCUGGAGGCGGUUAUGAGGACCCAGUGGCGGAGCGCGAACGACAGUCCCAAUCCUCCAGCUUCACUUCCACCGAUGUCCAGGAGGGGGCCCCGGUGCUCACCAUGCUCCAGCCCAGGCCCGUGGUUCUGCAGGGCAUGCAGGUACGCAGGGUGCCCCUGGAGAUGUCAGAGAUGCCAGAGUUUGACCUGGACCAUGAGUCCCUGCAUGAGUCCCACGAGAACACGCUGAUGAUCGAGGAGAAGGCCAAGCCCAAACAGUACUACCGUUUCUGGGUGCUGCCAGGGAAGUGGCUGAGGGUACGCUACGACCGCCUGGCCCUGCUGGCGCUACUGGACAGGAACCGUGGUGUAGGAGAGAAUGUGUUUGCGGUGGUGCUGGCCAGCAUGGUGGCCUUCCUGGGGUUCCUGCUGCUCCUGGAGGGCUUCUUCAGGGACAUCUGGGUCUUCCAGUUCUGCCUGGUCAUCGCCAGCUGUCAGUACUCACUACUGAAGAGUGUUCAACCAGAUGCAGCCUCCCCAAUGCAUGGCCAUAACUGGGUCAUCGUGUACAGUCGGCCCGUCUACUUCUGCCUGUGCUGUGCUCUCAUCUGGGUGUUAGACUUGACGGGGCGCUCAGGCCACCUGCAGCCCUUCUCACUCUACGGCGUCACCUUCUUCUCCGCUCACUUCCUGCUCUGUGCCAGGGACGUGCUCAUAGUGUUUGCCUUGUGUUUCCCCGUCAUUUUCCUUUUUGGGCUUCUACCUCAGGUCAAUACCUUCCUCAUGUGUCUGCUGGAGCAGGUCGACAUGCACAUUUUUGGGGGAACAGCCACCACCAGCCCCCUGUCGUCGCUUUACAGCCUAUUACGCAGUGUGUUGGUGGCCUCGUUGCUCUAUGGAUUCUGCCUCGGGGCUAUCAAUGCGCCCUGGGAACAUCCCCAUGUGCCAGUGCUGUUUUCAGUGUUCUGUGGUCUGCUCCUGGCCCUCUCCUACCACCUGAGCCGCCAAAGCAGUGACCCUGUCAUCCUGUGGUCUCUGGUCCGCUCUAAGUUCUUUCCCGAGCUGGAGAGCCGGACCCCGGAGGAGCCUCCUCUGGAGAUCAAAGACCCUCUGCCCGGGAAACUACGCGACUCUGUGAGAGAGAUUUUUCACUCGGACCUGGUCAUGUGUCCCCUCGUGGCUGUCAUCACGUUUGCCAUCAGUGCCAGCACCGUGUUCAUCGCUCUGCAGCCUGCUCUAAGUUACAUCCUGUACAUGGUGGCCGGGGUGGUGGGCUUCCUCACACACUACCUGCUGCCUCAGCUCCGCAAGCAGCUGCCCUGGUUCUGCCUGGCCCACCCCGUGCUCCGUUCUCGAGAGUACAGCCAGUUCGAGGUCCGCGAUGCGGCCCAGUUGAUGUGGUUCGAGAAGCUGUAUGCGUGGCUGCAGUGUGUGGAGAAGUACGUUAUCUAUCCGGCUGUAGUGCUCAACUCCCUCACUACAGAGGCGCAGCGCGUCAGCCUGAAACCCAAGGAGCUUGACAUCUAUGGCCGUGCUCUCUUCAUCUCUCUGGCGGGGAUGAAGCUGCUGCGCUCGUCUUUCUGCGCCCCGUCUCUGCAGUACGUCACGCUGUCCUUCACAGCCCUCUUCUUCCUCUUCGACUACCCACACUUCUCAGAGACCUUCCUGCUCGACUACUUCUUCAUGUCCAUCCUUUUCAGCAAGCUCUGGGACCUGCUCUACAAGCUGCGUUUUGUCCUCACCUACAUCGCUCCCUGGCAGAUCACCUGGGGCUCUGCCUUCCACGCCUUCGCCCAGCCCUUCGCUGUGCCCCACUCAGCCAUGCUGUUUGUCCAGGCCGUGUUCUCGGCUCUCUUCUCCACCCCUCUUAACCCUGUCCUGGGCAGUGCUGUGUUCGUCACCUCCUACACCAGGCCUGUCAAGUUCUGGGAGAGAGACUACAACACCAAGAGGGUUGAUCACUCCAACACGCGACUGGCCACCCAGCUGGACCGCAACCCAGGUGCUGACGACAACAACCUGAACUCCAUCUUCUAUGAGCACCUGACGCGCUCUCUGCAGCACAGCCUGUGUGGGGACCUGCUGUUGGGACGCUGGGGAAACUACACCACAGGAGACUGCUUCAUUCUGGCCUCCGACUACCUCAACGCCCUGGUGCACGUCAUCGAGAUCGGCAACGGCCUGGUCACCUUCCAGCUGAGGGGGCUGGAGUUCAGGGGUACCUACUGCCAGCAGCGGGAGGUGGAGGCCAUCACCGAAGGGGUGGAGGAGGACGAGGGCUGCUGCUGCUGUGAGCCAGGCCACCUGCCCCACAUGCUCUCCUUCAAUGCGGCGUUCGGCCAGCGCUGGCUGGCCUGGGAGGUGGCCGCCACCAAGUACGUCCUGGAGGGCUACAGCAUCAGCGACAACAAUGCCGCCUCCAUGCUGCAGGUGUUCGACCUGCGCAAGAUCCUCAUCACCUACUACGUCAAGAGCAUCAUCUUCUACGUGAGUCGCUCUCCUAAACUGGAGGAGUGGCUGGCCAAUGAGACUGUCCAGGAGGCGCUGCGGCCCUGCCUGGGCCCGGCCUACGUGGACAGUGACCCGACCUUCAACCUGAACAUAGACGAGGACUACGACCACAGGGCCUCUGGCGUCACCCCCACUGCCUUCUGUAUGGUCUACCUGGACUGGAUCCAGUACUGCAACAGCAGACGCCCAACGCCAGUGGAGGACAGUGAGAGGGAUUCUCCACUGAUCACCCUGUGUUUUGGCCUCUGCAUCCUGGGGAGGCGGGCUCUGGGCACAGCCUCCCACAGCAUGUCAGCCAGCUUGGAGCCUUUCCUGUAUGGCCUCCACGCCCUCUUCAAGGGGGACUUCCGCAUCACCUCUCCCAGGGACGAGUGGGUGUUUGCUGACAUGGACCUGUUGAACAGGGUGGUGGCCCCCGGGGUGCGCAUGUCCCUCAAACUGCACCAGGACCACUUCACGUCCCCAGACGAGUACGAGGACCCGGUGGUUCUGUACGACGCCAUCACUGCCAACGAGGAGAAGAUGCUGAUCAGCCAUGAGGGUGACCCGGUGUGGCGCAGCGCCAUCCUGGCCAACAUGCCGUCACUGCUGGCCCUGCGCCACGUCAUGGACGACGGCAGCGACGAGUACAAGAUCAUCAUGCUCAACAAGCGGUUCCUCAGCUUCAGGGUCAUCAAGGUGAACAGGGAGUGUGUGCGCGGGCUGUGGGCAGGCCAGCAGCAGGAGUUGGUGUUCCUGCGGAACCGGAACCCGGAGCGCGGCAGCAUACAGAAUGCCAAGCAGGCCCUGAGGAACAUGAUCAACUCGUCAUGUGACCAGCCCAUCGGCUACCCCAUCUACGUGUCGCCCCUCACCACCUCCUACGCAGGGGGGCACACCCAGCUCCGCUCUGUCUGGGGGGGGCCUGUUAGCCCCCAUAACAUCUACACCUGGCUCAUCAGCAGCUGGGACAGGUUACAGAAGGGUUGUGGGGCUGGCUGCAACAGUGGAGGGAACAUCGAGGACUCGGACUGCGGCGGCGGCUCCACCUCCAUCUCCAACAACCCAGCGGCUCACACCACCCAGAGCACCCCGGCCUCCAGCCUGCCCCUGCCCCAGCCCCACUUCACCUCCAUCCACCCCCCCAUGGGAACUGACAACCCUGUGGGCCCCACCCCCACCUGGCCCCACCACCCUCAGCCCCUCCCCUUGGCCCUGCUCAGCCAGUCAGAGGGCAGGAUGGACGCUGGGCUGGUCACCUCCCUCCACCGGACCUCGUCCAUCCAGGGCCUCCUGGGCCAGCACCUGUCCAGCUCCCAGCUGUCCUUCAGUAGCUCUGUGGCCAUGCCUUCCCUGCCCGGCCCAGAGCGCUUCUGCCCAGGCAGCUUCCAGGAGGGGGUGCACAGAGGGUCCGGACGGACAGGACAUGGCCUGGGGCAGGGCAGCGGGCUGCACUAUGAGGGCCUAUACGGGAAGUGGAGCCUGUCUGGCAGGAAGGGCUUCAACGGGCCAGCCUCCGCUGAGAGCGACAGCGGAGGGUCUCCAUGCAUACGGACACAGUCUACUCCACCUGCAGCCCGGCUUGAGGCCAGCCCAACCCAGGACCCACUGGGCGUUACCCAGUCCGCGGAGACCACGACCCUCACUGCAGGGGAGCCCCCCAGCCCCGCCCCUCGAGAGGAGUCCACAGAGCUGCCUUUACUUGAGCACCUGGAUUGAGUCCGCACUGGAGAACACAUGAGAACCCCUGCAGACAACGCACACCACCACCACGGCCAGUUCUAGAGUGGGCCUGACCGGCUCAGACUGGACUCAUUCCAGCUUCCCGGAGUCAUUCCAAAGAGAACUGGACUCUGAGGUUCGCUACAUCUCUGGCAGAUCACAACCUCUCAACAUGUUCAUUUGUAAAUGUUUUCUAGCCUUUGCAAUACUGGAUGGAUCUGGGAGGUUUAAGUACAUUCAUCUGCUCCUCAUCGAGCCACCGUAAGGAUGCAUGUAAAAACAAAAUGUAUGCACCAACCCCCUCUUCCCAAAAAAAAACAUUCACCAUGUCCCCUCCUAGGACUUGAAACAGGAGCUCUCGCCCGAUACACCCUCAGAGUUUCUGUGGACAACCUUUUGGCCAUAACUAUGGUAACUCUAGCAGGCCAAAAAGCCAGUGCAAUUGUAAGGGAUGUUGUGUAAUGUUUAGUUAGUUUUUUUAAAAUUCUAUAUAGGGGAAGGGGGAAAAAACCUAGUUUCUCCUCUCCUUCACCUGAGAUCCACCAACAGCAUAACGAAUCCAAAAAGGGAAUGCCAAUAUCCUAUGUUGCUGUAUGUACAGGUGAAGCCAGAGUUACUACCAUAACAAGCCUUGUUCUUUAAACCCCAUUCCUGCUCCAACCUGCUGCUUCACUGUAGAAAGAAUUCACUGUGGGGAAAUCCACUGUGAAACUGCAUGGGUCACAUCAUAUGACCAGUCAAUAUCAACACCCCACCUCCCCCAGCAUACCACCCACAUUCCAACAGCGCCUCCCGGUAGAAACACCCUCAUGCUCGUUCAGGUGUUUCUGACGCAUCAACAAUCUCAAGCGUACUGUCAAGGAGCUUGUUUCAGGGAUAAGACUCCCGCCUACUCCCACCUUUUCCAACAUGCGGUGCUUUUUCCCGGCAGAGUUUACAAUCCAGUCAGGCCUGGACACAAGCUCUGAAUUUGGGGAGGUCUAGGGAGAUAUGACUCUGGACAGAGAUGGUGCCCAUUGUACAGGACGGGAGGAGAUUGUUCAGACCACACGAUUCUAAACUGGGAUUGUUCUUUCUAAAGCCUUUUUAGAUUUUUGUUUCCUAUUUUCGGGGUGAGUGGAAUGUCUUUAUCUUUCUUUUUACUUUACUUGAAGAAUCACAACCUCCUCGGUGGCUAUAGGCUAGCCCGCGGAGUUGCCCUAGUGACCGACCGCUCUCGGCCCUGACCUGAUCCAAUCAGCUGUGGACUCUAGACGGUGGGAGGGGCUCUGACAGAGGCCCUUCUGCUUUCCUUGCCUCCAGCUACAGUGCCAGCUCCUCUUACUAGUAAACUACUGCUUCUGCACCUCCUGCUACUACUACUAUACCUACAACUACUGUUUGUGCUACACUUACCUCCAGCGUUUUAGUUGGAAACAAACCAAGUUGAAUAAAUAUUCCAAACAAAGAUGGCAUAUUUGUUAUUGACCACACCUGGGAGACUGUUAAAAGGGUUUGUCUAUUUGACAUGCUGGCGUGAUCGAAACACGGCGAUGGAAAUAGCCUCUUGUUUAAUCGUCACCUUUGCCCCGCGUGUUUUGGCGUCGCCGCUGUACACUUUCACCAAGGGAUCUCCUCUCUUUAUUGGCCGUGUAAUGUAACUGGAACUGUUCCCCGAGGAGUCACUUUAAGACUUUUGCUUUUGCCACCCUGCUCUUUUAAGCGCUUGACGCACUUCAGACUAGAGACCCGCUCCCGUGAUCUCUCUAACCAGAGCACAUAUCAGACGAGCUGGCCGUCUCCCACCCUUCUAGUCUGUCCCGAGAGUUACAGAGCCUUACAGCACUACAGUAAUCCAUGUGGUAGUACCUUGGUCUGCCUGGGCAUGUAUUUAUAUCAAUGGUGGAGCUAUCUGGAAUAACCUUUUGUACCAUAGUGUAAAGCUGGUCCUAGAAGACUGCCUUGUAUGCUCGUUUUCGCCCCUAGCCGUCUUAGCUCUCACUUUAGUUAGCAGACUGUCUACUAAAAUUUCUCUGGGAAUCUGUACUUACAGGGUAAGAACUAAUAGGUGGAAAAUUGUAUUCUCAUUGGUAACGAAUAGGAAUGAUCUACUCCUUAUUGUGUCUAAAAGGGAAGAGACACGCGCUAGGUGGUUAGAUGGUAUCUACAUAAGUUGGACUGGGUAAUUAUGCAGUAGCAAAUUUAAUUUAGUCUGAAUCUUGGGAGUCUGGGCCUCACGGUUGAAUUCAUGGGUCACUACUCAAAGUGCCAGUCAAUGUGAUGUCCCCACUACAGAAACAGCAGUGGUUUGAAGUGGGUUACUGCCCCUUUGUUCUUCUUUCAUUCUGCUUGAGCUUACAGGUCUCUUCAUUUUCUAAAACCAUCCUUUUGGUUUCAUCCUCCACAUUUUGAGGACUUGGGCUUAUGUAAAUUGAGUCUUUUUGUUUGUCAGAUCAUUGAAUCUUAACGCCGUGGCUGUCUUUGGGUAUUGUUGAGGAGGAGCAGACAUGAGCUGGCGCCUACCAGAUGUUAAAACCCAGUAUCUAGCUAAUUGAUCGGCCCUUGUUAACGUGUGUCCUUCCUAAAAUCAGAGACAUUGUAAUCGGGGCCCUUUUUUUUUUUUUUUCUCUCCCCCUUAUUCUCAGUGUAAUAUCCAAAGCAACAGGGAGUACUUUUCUUACUGGGAGAAAGGAAAGCACAAGUUACUGGACAGAACUGGGUGUCUAUAAUAAAAGGGAUUCCUUAAUCUCUGCCAUUUAUGUACAGCAUGUUUUGUAUAUAAAUAUAUAUAUUUAAAAAAAAUAUAUAUAUAAAUCUAUUUUAUUAUUAUUGGAUUUCUGGUUCUUUUUCAUGGAAGACACUAUGUUGAGUCUUAGGGGAGGUUCUCUCUUGUGUUUUCCCCUCAGAAGAGAUCCGUCUCCCGAGUGGAAGGGCGCUCUUCACAUUCAAUCAUGCAGUUUGGGGAGAAUCGAUUAAUACUUCUUUUGCACAAAUGUUGUAUAAUAGUACACCAUCCCAUGUAAAACAUCCCAUGUUUUUUAUUGUAAUUAUUUUAGUUAUUUUGGGGGGGGGUGUUUUAUUUAAAAACUGUAUUCCGAUAUAUUAAAAG